AUGGAGGUCUCUAGUGAAACCAAAGCAUCCAUAGAAGCGAUGUAUGGCAUCAUCAAUGACGACAACGAUGGCAAUGACAAUACCAACGCUGGUUCUAGCACCAAUCAAAACAAAAGCGGAACGGAGAAGACGGAAAGCGCAAAAAAUCCAUUAGAUAUCAUUCCUCAGCUGGAAGAAGACGGUAUCACCUACGGUGAUUUGGAAAUUACUGUCAAAGUCCUCAACGCGGUCUCGAAUUUGAUUCCUACGAAAAAGAACAAAAAGCGAAAACACAAGCAGACCAAGGAAGAAGCCGCAAAAGAAGAAGAAAUUGCAUUCGAAAAGUACCAACACACGAAUCUAAGACCACUUCGAAAAGCCAUAGCACAGUGUAUGAACAUACAUCAACGACGAAUGUUCGCAGGCAAGUCGGAAGAUCAAUACUACGACGAAAAGAACAAGGCUCGAUCGUUGAAACGACAAAAGAUGGCUGAGCGAGAGAUGCAACGAAAGUACAUUGCUGACACUGCUCUUCGAAGAGGGCGGAUUGAAAGGUUAAAACAAAAGCAAUCGGAAGCGAAGGAUGAGGAAAUCGCCAAAUUGCAACAGCGUAUGAUGAUCCCAGACGGACACGUCGAAACACACAACCAUGCACCCAAACUACUCAUGCCAGCAUCCAAGGAGAUUGAUACAAACAACAACAAUGAAAGCACCGAAGCGCCCAAGAAUGGUAACGGAGAAAAGGGAAUCGAAACGAUUGUGGAAAGUGUCACCGACAUGAUAGAUGAGCCGACAGUGCUACCAAAACUUCGAUCGUGCUAUGCCUGCAAAGUGAGAUAUCGAGUCCUCCAUCAAUUUUAUGAUCAACUCUGUCCCGAUUGUGCAAAAUUGAAUUGGGAGAAACGGCAUCAGACCGCCAAUCUGAAAGGCAAGGUAGCUGUGGUGACUGGAUCUAGAGUAAAAAUUGGGUUCCAAACCUGUUUGAAACUUUUGCGGGCGGGAGCCACAGUCGUCGCCACAACACGGUUUCCAAACUCGGCGGCAGAAGCCUACCAGAGCGAACCAGAUUUUGAUCAAUUCAAGGAUCGGUUGCAAAUUUAUGGUCUCGAUUUGCGGGAUGUCACGGGGAUUGAAGCCUUUUGUCGAUUUCUGAAACUCACCUACUCGGAAUGUGGGAUUGACAUGCUCAUCAACAAUGCAUGUCAGACUAUUCGUCGACCGACUGGGUAUUAUCUCCCCAUGUGUCAAAAAGAGGAGUCUCUCUGGAAGGGAGCAGAUACCACACACAAGAAGUUACUAUCUGGAUGCAUGGAAUUUGAACGAAUUCGACGACAAUUGCAUCUUGGAUCAGGUAACAACAGGUCGCAUGGUAGCAUGGGAGCGCCUGCUGCCACUAUUCUGGGAAGUGAUCCAUCCCCAGCGGUCUCAAUGGAAGUAGAGACACCUAACAACGAUCAACAAGGUUCGACUCCAUCUACCACGCUUGUCGUUCAAAAGAAUGCGAAUAGCUCGUCCGCAAACACAAUGACCACGAUGGGAUCAAGUGCGCCUUUCGAGUCCAAUGGUAUCUCACAUUCAGCUGCAAUGUCCCAAAUGAUUCUCUUGCCAGAAGAUGUGGGAGUAUCAGAUGAGGUGCUGCCUCCGGGAGUCACCGACAUCAAUGGACAACAACUCGAUCUACGAAGUACUAAUUCUUGGCGACUCAAAAUGGAAGAAGUGUCGACGCCCGAGGUGAUGGAGUGCAUGUUCAUCAAUGCUAUUGCUCCCUUUGUGUUGAACUCCCGGUUGAAACCUCUAAUGAAGGUUCCACACUCUCGCGAAGAUCGAUUCAUCAUCAACGUCUCUGCCAUGGAGGGCAAGUUCUAUCGCUACAAGAUGGCCAAUCAUCCCCAUACCAACAUGGCCAAAGCAGCAUUGAACAUGAUGACCCGAACGUCUGCUGAAGAUUUGGCAAAGAACAAUCGAAUUUUUAUGAAUUCGGUGGAUACAGGAUGGAUCAAUGAUGAAAAUCCUUUGGAGCGUGCUACCAAGACAGCAGCAGCUAAUCUUUUUCAGACUCCCAUUGAUGAAAUCGAUGCGGCAGCUAGAAUCUUGGACCCCAUCUUUUCUGGCAUCAAUGACCCAAAGGCACCCAAGGACUAUGGCAAGUUUUUGAAGGAUUACAAGGAAACAGAAUGGUGA